AGUGAAUGAAAUGUCUCAAUCACGGCGUGACGUCACGCCAGGGGAAGGCUGUCUGCUGUAGUUCGGUUCCGUCUUCUCUUCGUUCGUCUGCUCCUGUCUUCCCCCUCCUCUCUCCGGCGGCUCUGCGAGAUCACACGACGAACAUGUCCCAUCAAACUGGCAUUCAAGCUACAGAGGAGGUGCUGGAUGUCUUCAGCAAGGCACGGAAUGGCUCCUACCGCCUCAUCAAGGUGGUGAUCGCCGGGGAAAAGCUGGUGUUGGGGGAGACACGGCUGGUGUGUAAGCGGUUCGACCAGGAGUACGACGCCUACGUGCUGCCCCUGCUGGACGAGGGCAUGCCCUGCUACCUUCUGUACCGCCUGGACACCACCAACACCCAGGGCUACGAGUGGCUGUUCCUGGCCUGGUCCCCGGAGGGCUCCCCUGUGCGUCAGAAGAUGCUCUACGCCGCGACGCGAGCCACGGUGAAGAAGGAGUUUGGCGGAGCUCACAUCAAGGAGGAGAUCUUCGGCACGGCCCUCGACGAGGUGUCUCUCAGCGGGUACCACAAGUACCUGGAGUCCCUGAAGGCCCCGCUGCCGCUGACCGCCGCCGAGAAGGAGCUGAGGCAGAUCAAACUGGAUGAGGUGCAGAGCGACACGGGAAUGGACACCAAGAAGUCCACCCUGACGGGCGUGGCCCUGCCCCUGCAGGCCGACGCCCUCCAGGCCAUGAGGCAGUUCGCCAUGAAGAAGCUCACCUAUGUACAGCUGGAGAUCGACUUCCGGAACGAGUCCAUCAAGCUGUCCAGCACCGCGCCCACGGAGCUGAAGGACCUGCCGAGUCGAAUCCCCAAGGAGGCCGCGCGCUACCACUUCUUCCUGUACCGGCACAACCACGACGGGAGCUACCUGGAGUCCCCAGUAUUCAUCUACUCCAUGCCAGGGUACAAGUGCAGCAUCAGAGAUAGGAUGCUGUACUCCAGCUGCAAGAAUAAUCUACUGGAAAUGGUUGAGAACAAUCUGCAGAUCCACAUAGCCAAAAAGAUGGAAAUCGACAACGGGGACGACCUGAGCGCCGAGUACCUGUACGAGGAGGUGCACCCGCGGCAGCACGCCCACCAGCAGACCUUCGCCAAGCCCCACGGCCCCUCGGGCAAGAAGGGGGGCCGCCGCAUCACGCGCCCGCCCGGACACAGGGACCAGGACGACUGAUUGGACGACCAAGCGUCCAACGGUGCUGCCCGAUUCUACUUCCUGGAACUACCACCCGAUCCGCUCCACGGGGAACCUACGUUUACGUUUGUGAUGAUCUCCCUUUUAUUCUUUUUUUUUUUUUUUUUUAAAGAGCAACUACACCCUAGAUUUUUUUGUGACUUUGCUGCCACCUUGAGUUUAAAAAUCAAAAUACAUGAUAUACUGUAAAAAAUAUAUAAUUAUGGUGUCGUCAAAAAUCGUUGUUUUUUUUUAUGGUAAACUAAAGUAAUUUGUUUGAGUCAUUGUUUUAUAUUUAGGAAUCUCAAACAAUAAGGGAUCGACUUGUUUUAAAGUUUAUCCAUAGCGUCAUUGUUUUAAACGUACAGCGCUCUCCGUACGCCGUAAGCGAAGCUGUGAUUUCCCUCUUUGUUCUCUCCAUAGAUGCUUGAGUGAAAACGUCCACUUCGUUCAUGGCGCUCACAAACGUGGUCUAGCCUAUAGCCCCGCUGCAACACCCACCGUAGAAUCCGAGGUAGUGAACCUGAACUAUGCACUCCACCCACACCAACAGCCAAAGCCAUACUAACACACGACGCACGCAGAAGCCAACCUGUGAACUUACAACUCGUAGCUCGACGGUGUAGCCAUCCUCCUGAGUUACUCUCGUCGCAAUAGAAAAUAAUGUACUGUAAGGAAAGUAAACGAGGAGCCAUCACUUCCUUCAAGGCCGUGUACUCUCUACGCUGGAUACAUGUCAAAACAUUAGUCCAAAUGUUUUUUGCCACUUACUAGAGUUUUUAGCCGAUCCUUUUCCAGGCGCUGCCCGUCCAACCUUUAAACACAUCCACAUACUGCCAUGCGCAGACCAGUUUAGCUGGCUCUGGAUCACGACAGAUUUACUCCUCGCCCGACCACACAGCCAUGCGAGAACAUCGUUGUAACAUUUAUCCACCUGGAAGAGUGUGCUUGAACAUCAGUUUGAUGGAAGCAAGGCCAAAACGGAGGAGAAUGUGAAUACUUUCAACUGUACGUUAGUUAGGACAUGGCCCAAAAGGGCAGAUAUUAUACAGAACUUUUCCAUUCUAGUUUAUGGUAGCAUAUAUAAAGACUUUGAUUCUUAUAUGUGGUACAACGUGAAACCUGGUCACAUUAACAUGAACCCCUUUAGUAAUUCAGGGCAGUGGCUUAUCAGAGCCGCAGUGACUUUCAGAACCUCCGCCCAAAUGUUCCGAUAAGGCAACAGCCAAUCAGCCUGGAAUAAGGUAUUGCUUGCUAUCCAUUAUUAAGUGUUUUAAUUGUUUUUAAAACAACUCACUGUUCUUUUUAUCUCUUUGUGUAAUCCGAUAAAAUCCUGAAGAAACAAACAGUGUCUUUCCAUCUACGUUUGGUCCAAUAUCACAUUCAAUAUUACGAAAGUAUGAUUUUUUAGGUAAGGUUUUUGGCUGUCCUAAUCGAACGACGAUUAUAACUACUGUUAUUUUAUCAAACUCCAAACAUACGAUACCUAAGCAUGUAAAAUGUGAGCGAAAUAUGAUUGCAACAGCGCAUUGUCUGCAUUGUUCGUUAGGAGCCAAGACUUGUGUAUUAUGUGCUUAGAUAUUGUAUACAAAAUGUACGGUGAAUCUCUUACGACUAAAUGUCGGGGCCUUGUAAGUUAGACGGCCGGACCCCUUAUUUUCUUUAUUUAUAUGUGCUUCGUGAUAACACUUGCUCUAACUUGUUGUGUGACAUAUUUUUUGUGUCAAAACAUGUAAAUGGAGAUUGGGAAUGAACGAGGUGUGGAAGUAUAUUUAUGCAAAAGUCUCUCUCCCAGAAUAAAGACUCUUCAUUUGCAGGA